AUGAUUGCCUGCAUUACAGAAACUGAGCAUUUGGAAAUAGUUGAAAUAUUAGUACAAGCUGGUGCUAAUGUUAAUAUACAAGUGGAGUCAUUAAGUAUUCCUUUUAUGAACGGAAGCACUCCAUUAAUGAUGGCUAGUUAUUGUGGUCACAUGCAAACAGUUCAAUUAUUAUUAGAAGCUGGUGCUGAUCCUAAUAUACAAAUAAAUUCAUCAAGUAUUCCCAUUAUAAAUGGAUUUACUGCAUUAAUGAUGGCUAGUAGCAGUGGUCACAUGCAAACAGUUCAAUUAUUAUUAAAAGCUGGUGCUGAUCCUAGUAAGGCUACAAUGACAGGAGAAACUGCUUUAAGAAAUGCUGUGACAUUUGCACAUUAUGAAAUAGUUGAUGAACUGAUAAAAGCUGGUGCCAGUACUAAUAUUAGCAUAUUUAAUCCUAUCAUUAACACCACUAUGAACUGCACAAUAACUCAAUGCUGUGUUAUGGUGAUAGCAACGAAAAACACUCCUGUCAAUGAAAUAAAUCAAAUAAUGCAAAAAUCUGUGCAAGAUAAAUUUAUAAAUUCUGCCAUAGACAUGGGUUUACAACAAAUAAAAGCACAAGAAGAAACAAAACACAUUAAAAUACUCCAGCUCUUACUGAAAGUUACACCGCAACCUGAAGAUGAUCCUUAUAGUUUAAUAGCAGCAACUGCAGCAGGUUGUACGCCAGCAGUUGAACUGUUACUAAAAGCUGGAUAUGAUCCAUUAGCUCUUUGUUCUUCAAGCGGACUUUACAAUAAUACAUUAAAAAGUACUCCUGUUAGACUUACUGGUGGUGACUGUAACACAUUGACAAUAGCAUGUCAGCAGGGACAUAUUGACAUAGUUAAAUUAAUACUGCAAAGAUCAGUUGAUCUCAAUGCUACACAAGAUAAUGUCCUCACACCUCUAAUGGCAGCAUGUACUGCAAAAGAAGAUAAUUUAGAAAUAGUUCGAUUACUAUUGGAAGCUGGUGCUGAUCCUAAUGUUAAAUUUUAA